CCGGCCAUGGUUUGCGCCGGCGCAGCCUCGCUCUGGCGCUUCCCUUCUGGGGUCAGAGGUCGCAGCGGCGGCGCCGGAAGUUGCGUAUUCCGGGGUCAGCUUCCGGCGGGGCCGGCACCGGGCGGCGGCAGGUGAUGCACUGACUUGGCCGAUGCUGCCCUGACUGAUGUAGGACCCAAGUGGCUUGGGCCGAGGAUGAGCAAGCCCGCAGAGCUGCAGCACAACCUGGAACGAAGCCUCCCGGCCAUUGCCUCCAUCAGCACCUCGUUUUCCCAGAGCCAGGGCUUCUCCCCAUACUGCUACUUCUCUCUGGAGAAGAGGAAAGCCAUCUCGGAUGUGAGGAGGACCUUCUGCCUCUUCGUCACCUUCGACCUGCUCUUUGUUUCUCUGUUGUGGAUAAUCGAGUUGAAUACCAAGGAUGGCAUUCAGAAGAACUUGGAGAAUGAAAUCAUCAAGUACAGCUUUAAAACCUCUUUCUUUGAUAUAUUUGUCUUGGCUUUCUUUCGCUUCUUUGUGUUGCUGCUGGCCUACGCCAUCAUCCGGCUGCGCCACUGGUGGGUCAUAGCGGUCACUACGUUGGUAUCCAGUGCCUUCUUGAUCGUGAAGGUCAUCCUCUCCAAGCUUCUGGCCAAAGGGGCUUUUGGCUACUUGCUCCCCAUCGUCUCGUUUGUCAUCGCUUGGCUGGAGACUUGGUUCCUGGAUUUUAAAGUCCUAACUCAGGAAGCAGAAGAGGAACGAUGGUACCUGGCAGCCCAGGCUGCAGCCUCUCGUGGGCCCCUGCUCUACCCUGGAGCCCUUUCCGAGGGGCAGUUCUACUCCCCACCCGAGUCCUUUGCAGGGUCCGACAAUGAAUCGGAUGAGGAAGGUGCAGGGAGGAAGGUGCUGACAGCUCAGGAGAAAGAGUACAUCCGGCAAGGCAAGGAUGCCAUGGAGGUUGUGGACCAAAUCCUCGCCCAGGAGGAGAACUGGAAGUUCGAGAAGAACAAUGACUUUGGUGACGUUGUUUACACUUUUGAAAUACCUUUCCAUGGCAAGACCUUUAUUUUAAAGGCUUUCCUGCAGUGCUCUGCUGAAACCGUUUACCAGGAGGUGAUUCUCCAGCCUGAGAAGAUGAUCCUGUGGAACAGAACAGUGGCAGCUUGCCAGAUCCUGCAGCGUGUGGAGGACAACACCAUCAUCUCCUACGACGUGGCGGCUGGCGCUGCAGGCGGUGUUGUCUCCCCGAGGGAUUUCGUGAACGUGCGGCGGAUCGAGAGGAGAAGAGACAGGUACCUGUCCUCAGGGAUGGCGACCACGCACAGCCUCAAGCCUCCGCUCUCCAAGUAUGUCAGGGGUGAGAACGGCCCCGGAGGCUUCAUCGUGCUCAAGUGUCCCAGCAACCCCAGGGUCUGCACCUUCAUCUGGAUUCUCAACACGGACCUGAAGGGCCGCCUGCCCCGCUCCCUGGUCCACCAGAGCCUGGCUGCCACCAUGUUCGAGUUCGCCUUCCACCUCCGGCAGCGCAUCGGCGAGCUCUGCGCCAGCGCCCGGCCCUGAGCCCCACGGACAUUCCCUUGGGAACGGGACCCCAGGAGGAUGCUGCAGC